AUGAAAUGCUGCUCCAUCUACUUGAGCAAUUGCCAUAGCAAUGUUUGCCAAAUAGUCUUCAAGUGGCGGUGCUUUAUAGGUCGUUCAACGAUUUUGGCGGCGGCGGCGGUUCAUUGCCAGGCGCACGAAUCGAUCCGAAAUCGUCCACUUGAGUCAUCCCCACUGGACGCCUCAUUCUGCUCUACAAGGUCGGAACUUACCCAUGGUCAGUGCAGGACAAGAAAAAGACUAAGAGUAAGACGUCUGCCACGAAGUAUGAGCGACGGCGAGCAGCUGAUCGUAAGAUCAGGAGCCUUCACUCCACUUAUUCGCUGCUCGCCUCCAUCGACACCACUAGCACGAUCGACACGAUUGCUGCAAAAGUUGGACCGCGACCUGCUAGCCAAUCUCGAAAGCGACACUGCUCCCGAACAAUCGGAUACCCAAGUCUAUGAGUGGGACGAGUAUAAUGUGAGUUUUCUUGUGGGUUAG